AUGUUACCGAAGAUUCAGCGGCCGUCGUCCGACACCGCAGACAAAACGAAGGAAUCCAGACCGCCCUCAUGUCCCGGUUCAGUCAAGGACACCAAGCAGGAGGCCGGCACGCAGCCCAAAGUGGAAAUCAGGAAGACGGGGGCACUGGUGGUUGAUGUGGGCUCCAGCAUAUGCAAGGUGGGGUUCGCUGGCGACCUUUUGCCCCAGUCCCUGCUGGAGUCGGUGGUCGGCUACCCGACGGGGAAAACUAAAUUGGAUGAAAUCGCCUUUGGAAAACCGGUCUUCGCCGCGCCCAACCACAAACUGGUCGAGCCAACACGGCAUGGCAUCAUCGUAGACUGGGUAGCGGCCGAAGAUCUCCUCGGGUACGCAUUUUACACGGACCUAAAGGUUUCCCCCGAGGAACACGCUGUUCUCAUCUCGGACCCCCCUCUCAGCCCCACCACAAACAGGGAGAAGAUCGCAGAAUUUCUCUUCGAGAGGUUCAAUGUCCCCGCCAUGCACAUCGCUUACCAGUCGGUGCUGGCCGUGUAUUCGUACGGGAAGACAACCGGGCUGGUGGUGGAUUCUGGACACGGAGUGACCCACGCGGUUCCCGUUGACGACGGGUACAACUUGCCGGCUGCAAUCUCUCGCGUGGAUCUGGGUGGUCACGACCUCACCACUUACCUGAUGGACCUGCUAGCGGAGGCGGGCAACGCAUUUCAGGAGAACAGCAGGUACAUCAUGGAAGAUAUCAAACAGAAGUGUUGCUACGUAGUCGUAGAUCAGGAGAAGGAGGCCCAAUUUCCUGACCAGGAGUACCUGGUGGAUUAUGAGCUUCCCGACGGCCACGUCAUUACCAUUGGAAAAGAGCGAAGGAAGUGCCCAGAGGCGCUCUUCAAGCCUUCGCUUAUGGGAUCUGACGAAGUGGGAAUCCACCUCAUGACCGUCAACAGCCUGAAUAGGCUCGAGCCCCAGGUCCAGCGGCUCAUGUACGACAAUGUGCUAUUGAGUGGGGGGUCAACCAUGUUUGAGGGGUUCUAUUCCAGGUUCUGCCGGGAAAUGCUCGCUCUGGCACCCAAAGACGCCAAAGCCAACAUCCACGCUAUCCCAGAGAGGAAAUUCGCCGUCUGGAUUGGUGGCUCCAUCCUGGCCUCUCUCCACGCCUUCCAGUCGUUGUGGAUUCGCCGAGAAGACUAUCAAGAACAAGGUCCACACAUUGUGUAUCAGAGGUGCUACUGA